AUGGAGCUCAUUUCAACCAAGAAAUUUAUUCUAUUUGCUUUAGCUACACUGGUCUUUCUAACAUCAAAUAGUAUGUGCCUAGAUGAACUGAUGAAAUCCAGUCUGCAGAACAGAGAAGACUAUGAUGAUAAAUACUAUGAGAUUAAAGAUAAUACCUUGGAAGAAAAGCAGAGGAGUCUCAAUUUUGAGGAAAUGGAAGACUGGGGAUCAAAAAAUAUCAUUAAAAUGAACCCUCCUACAGUAAACAAGAUGCCAAAUUCAGCUGCUAAUUUACCUCUCAGAUUUGGAAGAAAUCAUCCAGAAGAAAGAAGCACUAAACCCAUUGCUAAUUUGCCUCUGAGAUUUGGGAGAGCUUAUGGAGAGAACGUACCUAGGCGUGCUGCAAAGGUAUCACACAGGCUUGGGAGAUCUCCAUUUGUUAAAAGUUCCAGCCAAUCACUUUUAAAUUUGCCACAGAGAUUUGGGAAGUCACUGCUUGUCAGUCUGUCUCAAGAUGAUCAGGAACCUGAAGCAGGUAAUAGUAUGCAAGUGUUCAAGCUAUACACUCAAAUCCGUAUUUAA